AUGAGGCGACUUCUGCAGACCGUUUUGUGGGUGCUGCUCUCAGCUCAGUUGGGGAUUUUAUCACUGGCCGACCAGAACCUGACAAACUUUACUUGCAUCGGCCAAUCCUGUUACCUUGGUGUCUGGAACAGCAAGAGAUACAAGAAGGCAGAGAGACAGUGCACUGAAUUGGGGGGGAACCUAAUGGCCGUGAGAAGCUCUGUUGAAGCUGAAGUUAUUGAGAUGCUCAUGGGCAAAUUGGGCGAUAAGGUGGCCAGUGUGUGGAUAGGGCUGGAGCUGAGAGGACAGUGCACAGACAUCUCCCUGCCCCUGAGAGGGUUUCAGUGGGUGACAGGUGAGAGUAACACCAAUUAUUCCAACUGGAAGAGCAAUGAGAGAAAAUGUGGGAAUCUGUGUGUGGUUGUUCACAAGGACCUGUCCUGGGAAGAAGCUGUUUGCGAUUCCAAAACAGAUGGAUAUUUGUGUGAGAUCCCUUACUCUGCUUCAUGCCAGCCCAUCUAUUUUCCCCAAGGAUUAGAUGUCACCUACGAAACACCCCUGGGCAUGGCAGGCCCAGGAAUCACUUUCCUACCCCCUGGCACCAAGGCAGUAAUACCCAGUGCCCACCUUUCACUAGUUUGUGAAGAUCAAGGUGAUGGAGAGAUGAAAUGGACUUCUGAAGAUUAUGGGGCUUGGAAUUGCAUGAUUGAAAAUGGGGGAUGUUCUUUUAUUUGUAAUGGGGAUACUGAGGGCUCAAGGUGUGAGUGUGGCCCAAACACGAACCUUAGUGAUGAUGGCAGGAGCUGUAUGCCCCUACCAAGUAGCCUGCAGUGUAUACCUGACCAGUCUACUGGCACCUGUGUGUGUGCUGAGGGCUUCGCCCUGGCAGAGGAUGGAAUGACAUGCCAAGAUAUUGAUGACUGUUCUCUUAUCCCUGACCUUUGUGAUCAGGUUUGCACCAACACAGACGGGAGCUUCAUGUGCACCUGCCUUCCUGGCUUUGUGAUGGUGGAUGGGCUAUGCGAAGACAUCAAUGAAUGUGAUAUCCCAACCACCAUCUGCGAGUACGACUGUGAAAAUUUUCCUGGGGGUUUCAGCUGCGUCUGUGGUGAAGGCUACAUCAUUGAUGAGAAAAAUCCAAGUAGGUGCAAGCAGUUUUGCAACACCACCACCUGCCCUGCUUUCUGCAAUGACAACUUUGUUGACCAAUGCAACUGCCCUGAUGGAUAUGUACUGGACACAGAUGAAGAGCUCAAAUUUGUGUGUAGAGAUAUUGAUGAAUGUGAAAAUGGAUUUUGCAAGGACUUGUGCCAUAAUUUGCCUGGCAGCUAUGCCUGCUAUUGCCCAGAGGGCUUCAUCCUUGAAAAGGACAAUUCUUGUACUCCUGCUGAAGGUUCAGGUGAAGACCUCACAACAUCAAUUCCACCAUUUAAGCCAACUCCACCUGGAGAUGACAACUCUUUUCAGCAGCCCAUUAUGGCUUUUGGCAUCUGUGUGGGCAUCCUGUCCAUUCUCAUUGUCCUUAUCGCUUUGAUUUGCUGCCUGGUGAGGAAGCACCACAUGGACCAAGUAGCACUAGACUAUAAGAACCCAGAGAAAGAUGUGGUGCUCCAGCAGGUGAAAACAACAUCUUCAAUGAAAUUAUAG